GAUUUCCGAUCCAGAGUGAGUGUGCGCAAGUUCCAGAAUCUUCACAAGUGCAAAUUGAUUCCUUUGGGAACGCUAUCAAGAGGUUGGAGUGAAUGUUUGCGUGGAUGGCGGCCGUGGAGUCAGUUCCCAAGUGUCCAGGGUCCUGGAAAUCGGCAGGUCACGCUGCGAUGUGCCUCCAAUCAAGGUCUUCGGUGGGGGUAGUGCAUGGCCAAGUGCAGGAUGUAGGAUUAUUUUUCGUGAAGCGAUCGUGCGGGAGGAAUUCGUGGUGGCUGUGGGAGGAAGUCGAGGAGGAGAUGGUAGAGCGGUUGGUCGGAGGAUGUGGUGAUGAUGUUGUUGUAGGGAAGUCGCAACGGGGAUGUGAGCUUCGCAACUUCCGAAGCUUUGCCUUAUUUACAACGCCCGGACCCCUGGCAACCUCAAGGGACCAAGACGCGCUUUCCGCUUUCCACUUUCCACGAGGCACAAAAGGGGCGUGUCACACGUCCAGAAAAUCAGCAAAAAAGCAGCCCACACACCAAAGAGGGAUUAGAAAGGGAGAGAAGGGAUAAUGCACAACUGAAUUGUAAAGAGGAAGAGAAAGGAGUGAGGA